UACAGGGAAGAAGCUGAACUUUAAUUAGUUGCGUAAUGGACCAUUUUUUGGGAAUAGUUUGAGGAGAAGCUGCUGUGUGGGAGGGGACCCAUGAGGUUUAGUUCUUUAUGAGUGGCCAUGGUUUCAGACCUGGUAGGGGGAGUUUUGGGGAAGAGAGAAGUGUAGUUUUGUGAUGAUGAAGAUGUUAAGCUGAGAGAUUGCCAUGGUGUAGUUUUGCUUUUGAUGUUUUAUUAUUGAUUUUCCUGUUUGUAGGUCGGAGAAAUGGUCAGCAUUCCUUGACAGAGGAUCUGCCUGUAUGGGACACUGCUUAUUUUAUGCUUUUAUUUGAAAUUAAUGGUCCUGCUAGUAUAUUAUAUAUUAUUGUUCAAUGUGAGCCACUAAUAUUUUUCUUCUCAAAACCCCCAAAAGAACUAAAUCACUACAAAUAAGACAUCUCCAUUUCACUCCCAUGUACAGCUAAAUCUUACAAACUAAAAUCAUGAAGUACUCUUUCUACUAUUGCAUUUUCUCUUACAUUUUCAUUUUACUUUUCUCAUUUUCGUGUGCAUUAUUGGCUUCAGCUCCCACUCCAGAAAACUUUCUUCGUUGCCUUUCUCAACAUUACUCGAACACUUCCUCCAUUUCCAAACUGGUUUACACCCCCAAUGACCCAUCGUACUUCUCCUGCUUGAAUUUCUCCAUACAAAACCCUCGCUUCUCUUCCCAUUUCACUCCAAAACCCCAAGUUAUCAUAACACCAUUCCAUGUCUCCCAUGUCCAAGGAGCCGUGUACUGCUCCAGAAAACAUAAAAUGCAGUUUAUUGUCCGAAGUGGAGCCCAUGAUUACGAGGGUCUGUCCUACACGUCCGAAGUCCCAUUUGUUAUACUCGAUCUCAACAACCUCCGGUCAAUCAAUAUAGACGUAGAAAACAGCACUGCCUGGUGUGAAUCAGGUGCCACAGUUGGCGAAGUUUACUAUAAUAUUGCGAAAAAGAGUAGUAAUCUUGGCUUUCCGGCUGGUAUUUGCCCUACCGUUGGGGUUGGUGGUCACUUCAGUGGAGGAGGCUAUGGAACUAUUCUCAGAAAAUAUGGACUUGCGGCUGAUAAUAUUAUAGAUGCUGAACUAGUCGACGUUGACGGAAGAAUUCUAGAUAGAAAAUCUAUGGGAGAAGAUCUGUUUUGGGCUAUUCGUGGCGGCGGAGGAGCAAGCUUUGGCGUAGUUGUCUCAUGGAAGAUUAAGCUAGUUCAAGUUCCAUCAAUCGUGACUGUCUUCAAUGUCCAACGGUUCUUGGCACAAGAUGGUACCGAGCUCGUUCACCGAUGGCAAGAGGUAGCCCAUAAAUUUCAUGAAGAUCUAUUUGUCAGACUCGUCUUGCAAGCUAUUUCAUUAGAUGGUGGGAAGAAAACAAUACAAGUUACAUUCAAUUCCAUGUUUCUUGGUGAUGUGGAUUCGCUACUCAUGUUGAUGCAAAAGAGCUUUCCUGAAUUGGGUUUGGUGAGAGAAGAUUGCAUUCAAAUGAGUUGGAUUGAAUCUACUCUAUUUUUCAAUGGUUUCCCAAGUGGGCAAUCCCUUGAGGUUUUGCUCGAUAGGGUGACUGAAACUAGGUCGUCUAAAGCGAAAUCAGAUUAUGUUAAGGAGCCUAUUCCAGUGGAGGGUUUGGAAGGGAUAUGGGAAAGGUUGUUUGAAGAAGAGGUUGGAAGGGGUAUGUUGAUUAUGACUCCUUAUGGUGGAAAAAUGGAUGAGAUUUCGGAAUCUAAAAUCCCGUUUCCACACAGAAAAGGUAACAUUUAUCAGAUUCAAUACUUGAUAUUUUGGGAUGCAAAAGAAAAUGUUACUGAAUCCCAAAAGCAUAUAAGUUGGAUAAGGAGGCUUUAUAGCUAUAUGACUCCUUAUGUGUCGAAAUCCCCUAGAGAAGCAUAUUUCAAUUAUAGAGAUCUUGAUAUUGGAACAAAUAACAUCAAGGGAAGAACAAGCUACGCUGAAGCAGGCAUUUGGGGUACAAAAUAUUUCAAAAACAACUUGAAUAAGUUGGUUCAAGUCAAGACCACGGUCGAUCCAACUAAUUUCUUUCAGAACCAACAAAGUAUUCCACCAUAUGACUACGUGGAAGAACAGUUGUCAUUAAAAAUCUAUAAAUAUGGAUACGUAUACCCCCAGCUACUCCUAUCCCAUUGAAUUUAUUUUUAAGAAAUAAGGUUAAAUAGACGCGUAAGUGGUGGACAUAUAAUCUCAAACAGCCUGUCAGAUUAUAAUACUUAUAUUUUAUGUAUAAUUGUUUGUUGGCUAUGGGAUACCUUCUUAUCUUUUAAUUUUUUUAUUCUUUUUGAGAAUGAAAUCUUUUAAUGUGCUAGGUUAAGAAGAUAUAGUGACGAUGACUUGACACAUUUGACAAUACGUAUUGGGUACCUUCCUUAUCGUACUCUUUUUG